CCCAAGAAUUCUAUCAACUGACGAAGGAAGCUGCGCUUGCUUUCAUACAAUUUAUUGUCAGUAUUCUGUGAACAAUUAUAUUGGACGUGUGAUAUAUAUAAUUUGUGAAACAAUGUUUUUACUCCUGACGAAAAAAUGCUUAUUACUAUUAAUAAUUUCUCUAUUAGUUGGUGUAUCAGCUUUAAAUUUUGAUUCAGUGGUGCCAAUGAAUGAAACGAUUCCACACGGUUACGACUUGAAAUUAAUGUACAGUUACGUAAAUUCAGGAAACCGAGAAAAUGUCUCUGCUCAACCGAUAUCUCCAAUUACAUACAAAUACGAUAAGACCAUAGAUCUAUUGAGAACAACAGCUGAAUAUUACGAGAAAGAAGUUCCAAAAGUCUCCGAAAAUGUGGACAAUUUUUUGAAUACAAAAUUAACGGAUGUUAGUGAGAAAUGUUUAAAUUUAAAUGACACAAUUGGUUGGUUGAAUUUUCAAAUGAAUUACACGGCAUUUCAACAAGAAGCAAAAAAUUUACAAGCAUUUUUGGUCAGUCCACCAAAGGAGCCUGACAAUACAUUCGAAGCUGUAAUUCGUUCAACGAAUUUUAUCAUUAGAAUGGGUCAUUUUAUAAAAUCAUUUCAAUUUUGUUUAGAGAAUGAAAAACAAUUGACUGAGGAUGAUGUUAUGGGAGUGAUGCACAUUAUUUUGCGUCAAGUUAUUAAAAACGUUUUUCUAGCUGGGAAAGUGAAUUUGGAUGCAGACUAUAGAGAAAGUUCACAAUCUUCUAAAUGUCUUCAAGUUUUUUAUCCAAUGCGAUCUAGUAAUUAUUUAUUUGACGCUCUAAUGGAUAAUUUUAAUUCGCCCUUUGAAUCCUGCUAUUCGCAGAAAGAUUUUGAAAAAUGCGCUCACCAUCUUUUGAAGAAUUGUGAACCGGAACUGGCUGCAAUUUUAAGAAUGUCAUGGUGUCCCGCCAAUUACGGAUGCUACAAUUAACAAAAAAAAUUACAUUUUUUAAAUAUUAGUAUAAGCAUCAUAAUUAUCAAAAAAAGAAAAUUCAACCCGUUAUGUAUUAAUUUUGCCAAUAUAUCUAAUUUUUCUAAAAUAUUCAAUGACAAACGGAAUUAAAUAAAAUAAAAUAAGAUAAAUAAAAUCUCGAGAAUAAUGUUAAAAAGGAGAAAUAAAUAUUAAAAAAUUUAA